CCGCCUGUCGCUACGUUUAUAACGACGGCGUCGUCGCUUCAUCUCCAUCCUCCGCCCCGUCCCGUACUCCCCCCAGCUGCAUGGAACUUCCAGCCUAGGGGCACGACUACAGAGUUCUGACGAGCACAAGCUCGACCAAAGAUCUCGAUGACUACCAUGUCCCAAAAUGUGCCGCUGAACCCUUCCUCGACCCCGUUCUUCCCUGGAAGAGGACGUUUCGGUGAAGAUAGUGAUCUCAGCGUCGCCGUUACGAGUGUUCCCACCGUUAGAGUACAAGGCGAUGCACCCGCACCCACCUUCCGUGAACAUUCAGAGCAGAAGCAAGUGCGGUCCUCUCCCAGCCCUCCUAGCUCGUUCGGAUCCCGCCACGAUGUUCGUAUGGAUGUACGGUCGAUGGGCAUCAGCACCCCACCGGUUGGACCUACGGAACCGGACAAGUUUUUCUCCGGACGAAUGAGCACGGUUGGAAGUCUGGAAGCUUUGCCAGAGGGCGACGACUUGGGCGGAAUGGACGACGGUAACCGGCGGUUCACCGAGUCUCCUUUGUUCUCUGCGGUCAACCAGUCGGGACGCGCUAUAGCCACCCCACCGCUGAACAUGAUCAGUCACUCUUCCCGCUCGUCGUCUUUCUAUAACAAUGGGCCGAUUCCAUCCACAUCUCCAGUCUCCUCAUUGGACUCUGGCAGUCAUUUCACUGGCAUCGAUCUCCUGCAGAAUUUGGAAAUGCAGCUGAAGGCAUCGCCCUUCAUUCACGAUAUCAUAGACCGCCUCAUACGUUGCGAGCGCUCGACUCGAGAAAUCCAACGUGACCUCGGUGACGUCCAUCGCAAGGUCAACCUUCUGGUUGAGCGUUCAUUAGGCAGUAGCAACACCGGAUCCACAUUCCCCGAAUUCAAGAAUCCUUUUGCACCUUCUGCUAAUGCUGCCCCGUCUUUCGCUUCUCGUCCUUCUUUUAGCGCUAACAUUGCCCCCAAUCAAGUCCCUCCUGGCGACGACAUCACCCAGAUAUCCCAGCGUUUGAAUACUCUGACUACUUCAGUUAGUCAGCUCCUUGCUCUCCAAACACAGCAACAUAUCCAAAACGCGACUACAGGGACCAUAGGACCCCAGCUUGGCAGGCUCACGCCCCAAGCUCCAGAGAUACCACCUAAUGCGCCUUCUAACACCGCUGUGCUUGGCCAUGGAUUCCCUCCUAGAGAUUUGAGGCCGCCUCGCCCGCCUAACCCCCCAACUCGUACCUGGUCUGUAGGUAAUCUUGAUAUGCCCGUGCGAGCAGACCCCGUGGGCGCUAUCGGUCGUUCUGACGCCGGGCGCGACAAACGGCGUUCUGUCACAGGCGGGAUGAUGCGCCGGGAAUCUGCAGGUGUCAGUGUGGCCUUCGUAUCAUAAACAUUGCGAAAGGCUCACACUUAUCCUCCAGAACCUUGACCAAGGCAUGGAUUGGUCUGGCGGGUCCAAUCGCGAUGGACCCACGGUGUCAAAAUGGGAGCAACUAAAUCUAGCCCCUGAGCUACUGCGUUCGCUCAGCAAAUUUGGUGUUGGUCCACCCAAUAAGAUUCAGCAGCGUGCUCUGCCUUUCUUACUCCGUGGUUGCGACAUCAUAGCCCAGGCUCCGCCAACUCAGGAACGGAUUGCAGCAUAUGUGAUACCUGCUAUUCAAACAGCUGUUGCGAAUACCAUAGGACGCCCCCCGAACAGAGGUCCAUUGGCCAUUAUGAUAUCCACGACCGUCGAUCAGGCUACUCAGGCACAACGAAUGAUACGUGACUUAGGUGGCCCUAUCGGUAUCCGCUCUGCUCUCGGUGUCGGAGCUACUUCAGCAUCGGGUGACCUUUCUCAGGAAUUACGACUUUUACAACAAAAUAUGCCUCAUAUAGUCUGCGGAACACCUCAAAAACUUCAUGCGCUCUUUACUUCGCCUGGGGGCCUGACUGGGUCUGAAGUUCGCUUCCUUGUGCUCGAUGAAGUGGAUCAACUGAUAGCGCGAAACCUGCACGAUUAUGUAUUCAAUAUCGUGAAGCUAUUGCCGUCACCUCGUUCACGGCCGCUGAGCAGUGCCUCGAACGGGUCACAACCUGUCGGGUCCUUCGAUGCUGGGUUAGCCCCAAAUGCAAGUUCUGGUCGGAGGCUAUCGGCCAUUGCUCCUGGUUCUAACGUUGACAUGGCUAGUAAUCCCUCCGCAAUAGAGCGGCAGACUGCUCUUUUCUCGAACACGGUACCUCAAGAUGUGCUGAAUCUGGCUACCGCUAUACAACUACGCGAACCUGUCCGCGUCUUAGUUCGCCGUGACGGCAACGUGACUAGCUCAGAUUCUAACCAAGGAGCCCGUGGCCUUCGCCAGUUUUACUUAUACCUAGCAUUUACUGCUGGUGCGCGGUCAGAAUCUAUUUCUCCGUCCACUCCCGGAGGUCUCGGAAUUAUUGGUUCAGGAAGGGGUGCUUCGAACCCGGAGAGUGCUCAGGCUCGCGAAUGGAAGCUGGACGCCCUUGUGGACAUGUUCAACGACGUUGAAGUUUCUCAGGCGAUAGUUCAUGUUGGUGGCAUGAAUUCUUUAGACUCUGUUGUGCAUAAGCUAGCCAGCCGAGGCAUAGAGGCUGUGCCUAUGCAUGGUGAUAUGAACGCGGGUGCAAAACUUGCUGCCCUCAACAAGUUCAGGAGCCCGUCCAACGGCAUCAUGAGGCAGCCUCUCACAAAGGUGCUCGUUGUUAACGACGUACAAUUGAAGACCCCAGAAGUGGCCCAUGUCCCGCUCAUCAUUAAUUAUGAUUUGCCCAAGGCUGUAGAGGAAUAUGCCCAUCGUGUUGCUCCUGCCAUCGCAUCAAACUAUGCUCGUGCAGGCGUAGUCAUCAACUUUGUUACAGCUACUGGAGGAGAUGUGGAAAUGCUUCGCUCCAUAGAAUGCUUCUAUAAGAUUAAAUGCCCCGAAGUGCCCACCACUUUGCGUGAUAUCGUAUAAAUAAAUUGUGUCUGUAUCCCUACUUGCACUUUCAUCAUUUCAACAACUAUAUCCCUGUGUUUUAUUUCAUCAUCUACUUGUAGUUUACUAUAUCACCCGUUCAGCCCGGUGAACUACUUACCAUCCUUUUAUACCCUGGUGUUUCCGUACUUGUUUGGAAUGGGAUUCGUCCUCUUGACCUGCUGUAUAUCAGACCUUUCUUUGUUCAAUACUCAUGCAGAUAUACUCUGAAUUAUGUCGCUCGGACACUAUGCAACCUAACCGUACCGUCCUCACUGCAGGACGCCAAUUGUGUCGACACACUACUAGGUCUCCAUAUGAGUCGGUGGACAUGACCAACGUGACUCUUGAUGGUACAUAGAGGUUUCCAUUCAGCAGAGCUAGUUUUAUCGGAGGUGAGAACAUGGAUCCCUCCGGUUUCUAGCCCAACAGCGAGCAAUCUUCGACCAGCAUUAUCCAUGGGACAAAACCCCACUGAAGUCGCAGCUUCUGGAAACUUGAGGGUACAUACCGAGAUAGGCUUCACCCCCUCAGUUGGCGGCACCCAUAUUCUGACAGUUUUAUCGCGAGACGCAGUUGCGAACAGAUCGCUCUCAGAAGACCAUUCACAAUCCCAUAUUAUACGUGCGUGCGUCUUGUCCGCGGCAAUGGGUUUGAAUGCUUCUUCGUUUACUUCGUAUAUUCUCCAGGUCCGAUCGCGAGACACAGUAAGAAUCCAGCGAUCAUCCGGGCUAAAUGCGAUUUUUGUUAUCGUCAACAUAUGGCCUUGUAGUGGAUUGCCGAUGGGCUGCCAUGUAUCCGUUCGAUAAACCCGCACAACAGCGUGUUCAGGCGAAGUAGCUCUGCAAGCCGUGGCGACGAAGCGUUUCGAGCGCGAUACAGCCAAGCUAAUGAGCUCAUACCCAUGUCCGAAAAUCUUCUCUGUUUCGGGCCAAAGAGUCAUUGCAGCAAGCUCUCCUUCAAAGGGGCGCCUCAAAGAAUCCUCCCAGCUACUUUGAGGGGUCCUAGUGGUGACUUCCGUCACAGCUUUGUUAGAAAGUCCCAGAGGCGGCACACUAGCUGCAAUAGGUCGUGUGGGCUCUUCCUCUGCACCCGACAGCUUCAGUAUCUUGGCCAGCUUAGCAAAUCCCCGCGGAGCCUCGAAUACACGAGCGACCUUCUCAUCAGCAAUGCUUACGAAGCCCCACGAGCUCAUGAACCGUACGCUGACGAGAUCGUAUCCGUGAACUUGAGGCCUGCCAAUUUCAUGCCAGGGGCUUGCAUUGAGGGAACCCUCAAAAUCCGAAGUUGGUCCGAAUAUGCGUGUUGUUUGGUCAGAUCCCACAGAAAUCAGGUAUUCUCCUUUUGGACUCCAGUCAAUGUCUUUCACGGGCCCGAAAUGCCCGGUUAUUGCACCAACCUCAGCCCAUUCCUCAAGGCGUGAAUCACCGGUUGACUCUGAGCAACGCCAACGACGCCAUCCUCCGUUCCAUCCCCAUGCGAGUACUUCGUGACCACCACUACUCCAGAGUCCGCCAAUAAAGCCUCCCAAUCGCUGACCGCCUAUAUCACCGAAUCGUAUGCGAUUGAUCCAGAGUGAAUUUUCCUUUUGAAGUGAACCAUCUCCUACACCAGAAGGAGACCAAAUUGCAACUGACGAGUCGGUCGACGUGGAGAGCAGGGAGGGGAGAGAGGAUGUCGACCCCGAGCCAGGACGCCAAGCCAAGCUAGUAAUUCCCGCUUCGUGGCCAACAAGCAAAGCAUCAAAUGUGAUAGUGAACUGUUGCAUACCUAUGGUAUCCCAUUUCACGUUGAUGAUAUGCCGCUUGAGGGAGAUUUGUUUUCCACCUUCGCUGUCUGCUUCAUUGUUCAUUGAAGCUUCCAGAGCAUCCAACACGUCAUUGCUUAACUGCUGACUUGUGACCUCAACCUGAGGUAACUCGGCCACCAUUUUCUCCACGGGUUCGAUGUUCCAUAGGCGUAUAGUGGAGUCCUGGGAGCCAGAAGCCAAAGUAAGAGGUUCAUCCGGCUGGUCCUGUGGGGAAAAUGCGAGGCUGCGAACCCAGUCUUCAUGCCCCGACAGUGC